GUUCAGCUGAACAAGUGGAGACAAACCAGAUUAAUACUUCUAAUACCCCAACUCGAACAAGCAGAUGUUCGUCAAGUCCACCGUCUUCACAUAAACAGAAUAUGUUGCAGGGGUUUAUCAAAGAAUUGUUCACGCCUAUUAAUGGAGAAUUAGUUGAAACCAACGAUAACAAUGAUGCUGAGGAGGGUUCGAUACCAUUAACUCGGUUGUUUCGAAAAGCCUGUCGUGCAGAAAAGCAGAUGAUUAAUGUUAACCAUGAAGAAAUUUCGUGCUGGUAUCAUUAUGGCAAAGGAUACAUGGACCGGGUAGAAGAUAUUAUGAAUUUUCAGGGAUGUGGGGAAAAUAUAGCCAGGAAAGAUGUCUAUAACGAAAUCAUGAACCAUCUUCCGGGUUUUAAUAGAAACAAUGUUCGAAAUAAGACACAAGGUGCCUUAAAAAUAUACAAUUUAUUUAAAAAGAUAGGAAUUAACAGAAUUAAGUGGAUUAGGUCGUAUAAUGCAAGUUUCAUUUCGAAGCUCACCACUACGCAAAUUCAGACAAUUGAAGAUUAUUAUGUUCAUAUAUGA